AUGUCGACCGCAGCCAACAAGGAACAGUCUGGGAUCAAUCAACACACUGAGGCCCCUAUCGAUAAUCUUGAAGCCUCUUUGGAUCACUUCCCUGCAACUUUUCCCUUCACACACCCAGUCGACAAUGUGUUGUACGACAAUGUCGAAACUCUCGACAUUUUUAAUUGGAACGACAAUGUGAGAGUCGAUCAGACAGCAUUACUUCCAACUGGAUUCAACCACUCAAAUGUUCCGAAUUGGGAUUAUAAUUCAACAGGCGACUUAGCAACCGCUUUCUUGGAUCCGUUCAUGAACUUUCAGAAUUUUACAUCAUUUGAGCCAAACACGAUUUCAAGUAAUGAUAGGUAUCUUCAGGGUUUCUGGGAUGGAAUCGAUGCGGCCAUCAAUUUACACGGCCAGGAAACGGAUUGCUUCGUGUCAGCACCGAACACAACUACGGAACAAGGAUUGAUUUCCGGAGAGGUUGAUAUCAACACUGCUCUCAUUGGGCAACAAGCUACGCCUCCAGCUCCCCUCAUUGGAUCAUUCGCGAAUCAUGUCGCCCCCGCCCCUCGUUUUGCUUGCAACUUCAUUGGUUGUGGUAAGACUUUUGGACGCCAAAGUGACUGCAAUCGGCACAUGAAGAAGCAUGAAGCUCCAGAGUAUUCUUGCCCCGAACCCGGAUGUGACAGGGAAUUUUAUCGUCGUGACAAGGUGAAGGAUCAUGCUCAACGAAUUCAUCGAUUGCAGUUGUGA